UCCUCAAUCGAUUUUCUUACUCACUUGAAAAAGCUACCAUCUUGGCAUGGUGUGAAAAUUUUUCUGUUCCCCGUCAGAGGCUGGAAAAUUUUGUGCAGCAUUAGUAGUAUCUCGAUCGAAUGUCCAAGUGCAGUUGCAAUCGAAUUUGCACGACUGUGUGGUGCUGAUUAGAUUGAAAAAUGAAUUGUGCGGGCAGUUGUUGUUGAGGAGGAUUUUCCCGGAUCCCGUGUACCGAGUUUUAAAAGUUAUAAUAAUUGAAGAAAAAUAGCACUGGACGACUAGUUUUGUCCUGUUAGUAGCAGAAACCUUCGCAGCUGCAGCAGCGAAAUUGCGAAAAAAAAUCCAAAAUGGCUCCGGGUACUAAUAAAAUAUGGAAGAGAGAGGCUGAACCCGAAGCCGAUGAGAAACUAGCAGAGGCUGCAACCACCAUGGUGACGAGAAUCUUCGGACACAAGCAUCCCCAUCUACGAACGACAACAGAAUCAGACUUAGAGACAGAAGAAAAUGAUGACUUUUCGAGCACCGCACUGCCAACGAAAGGCGAGGCGGAGAAGAUUGGAGAGAAGGCAGCGGAGAUCACCGAGGCACUGGCACACGAAAUGGGCAUCCCAACGUGGGGCUUCGUCUCCAUCAUAAUCGCGGUGCUCGUGAUUAUUCUCGGCAUCUGUGGCUUCUGCAUCCGGCGCUGCUUCCGCAAGAGACGCUCCAAAGACGGCAAGAAGGGCAUGAAAGGAGUCGAUAUGAAAUCGGUACAAUUAUUAGGUUCAGCAUACAAAGAAAAGGUCCAACCUGACAUGGAAGAACUGACUGAGAAUGCCGAAGAGCAAGACGAAGGGGAAAGUAAGCAGAGCGAACAGAAGCUCGGCAAACUACAAUAUAAGCUUGAAUACGAUUUCAAUGCAAACGCUUUGACUGUGACCGUAAUCCAAGCGGAAGAAUUGCCAGCUCUUGACAUGGGAGGUACAUCCGAUCCUUAUGUAAAAGUCUAUCUACUACCAGAUAAAAAGAAAAAGUUUGAAACUAAGGUUCACAGGAAAACCCUCAAUCCGGUAUUUAACGAAUCGUUCACGUUCAAGAGCCUUCCAUAUGCCGACGCAAUGAACAAGACGCUGGUGUUUGCCAUAUUCGAUUUCGAUCGAUUCUCCAAGCACGACCAGAUCGGAGAAGUCAAGGUACCCCUAUGCCAGAUCGAUUUGGCCCAAACGAUCGAAGAGUGGCGAGAGCUGCAGAGCGUCGAGGGUGAAGGCGGUCAGGAUAACAAGCUGGGAGACAUCUGCUUCUCGCUGCGCUACGUACCCACUGCAGGUAAACUUACCGUCGUGAUCCUGGAGGCUAAGAACCUGAAGAAGAUGGACGUCGGUGGAUUGUCAGAUCCAUACGUAAAGAUUGCACUGAUGCAGAACGGAAAGCGUUUGAAAAAGAAAAAGACUAGUAUCAAAAAAUGCACACUAAACCCCUACUACAAUGAGUCGUUCUCAUUCGAAGUUCCUUUCGAACAAAUACAAAAAGUGAAUCUGGUGGUAACUGUGGUGGAUUACGAUCGCAUCGGUACGUCGGAGCCCAUUGGUAAGGUCGUUCUAGGCUACAACGCAAGCGGUACGGAGCUGCGUCAUUGGUCCGAUAUGCUGGCAUCGCCGAGACGUCCGAUCGCACAAUGGCACACCCUGAAAGACCCGGAGGACGACAAGAAGGACUAAGGCGGACCAACACCGGUGGAUAGUGGUGGUGAAUAAAAGCCACCAUAGCAAAACAAACAAAACAAACCAAAAAAAAAAAAACGAGAGACAAGAGACACUGAUUGGAUCAGCAGAAGAAUCAUAGUGGACGCAUUAAUUGACUAGGAAUAAAAGAAAAUCACAUAUACACUAAUCGAACAAGGCAGUGGAUGUGGCGAGCGAAAACUAGGCACUGUUGAGGUUGGAUGGAACAUCUUGAUACGAUGGUUAAUUCGAUUCACAAAUAACGAAGCUCUAUCAGGUUUAUGUAAAAAGAGGAAACAAAAAUGUUAAUGUUUAUUUCGUUUUUUCUUGAAAAUAUGUUGAAACACUAGUGGAACGCCAUUGGACGGAGUUAUAUAAUCGGUCGUUAUAAAAAUCAAUGAGAAAAUCCAUAAAAAAAAUAGUUUGGUUUUUGGGUUUAUUUUUCGAAUUGUUAUUAAAGAAUUGGAAAUUUAUCUAAAUUUCGGCUCCGACAAUGGCGUUCCAGAAAAAAAAACGUGGUUGAAAAUUUGAAACUAGCUCAGUUUUCUAUGCGUAGCAUAUUGAUAGGGUUAUGAACGUAUUAAAUUGAACUAUGGAACGUGGAGUAGAACGGAACAUUCGGUCGAGAACCCAGAAAGUGCGCCUAUUGUGCAUCUUUUCUAGCCGCUGCAUAUCUCUAAGUGAACUGUGAGUCACUGCGUGACGGACAAAGGAUACAUUAAACUAAAAACUAAAAACAAAUACAAAACAUUAGCAUCGAUGCCUCGUUGAUUGGUUGAAUAUGGUUAUGAGUUUCUUUACUAGCGACUAAUUCACGCAUACAAGCAAAGUCACAGCCACACAAUUGAUGCAACUCAAUAGAUAGCUCUGAAAUGCGAAAAGAUUAAAAUUAAGAUCAAUAAAAGCAAAACGUAAAAGAAACAAUAUACAUGGUCCCAAUUCGAUGUCGUAGAAAAGAAGCACAAUAAUAGCCUAAAUCAUGAUAAGCAGACGACAGUCACACCGACAGUUUGUGAGUAGGUAAAUCAAAGGUGAAAUGUAAUUCAACUUGAAGUAAAGCAGAAAUAAAUGUGUUUUAGGACUUUUUAAUUAGGCAAGGAUGACGACUUUCGUAUUUGAAUUCGAUCGAUAGAUGAAAAAAACAUAUGCUGAAAGAACGAAUGGCAAUGGGUGUAAUGUAUAAUAAAAAUAAACUGAGCUAGAAAUACGAAAGUCUUGACUUGUUUUGCAUGCUGCAUUCAUUACAAUUGUGUGGAUUUUUCGAUUCCGGACAAUAUACUGGAAAAUAGAGGAAGCAAUUUUCAAAAAAAAAACCCCUUUUUUACGUUGUAGUUUGAUUACGCUGCAAAGUUAAUUUUGUUUAAAAAUGUUAGUAUCUUGAUACGAGAGGAAGCCUUUGCAUAUUCGGCCAUCCAAGAAGGAUCGAUUCCAAGGCCGAAUUGCUGAACUCUGCUUCCUAGGCGAGACCACAACCAGCUAUGUAAAAA